AUGGGUCGGUUCUUCAUCAGAAAUGGUAGUAUGUUUCAUUUUCGUAGAAAACUCGAAAAAGGCAGGUUUAAGAAGAUUAGCAUGGAUUUGCCUAUAGCAGCCAUUUGUACUUUUCUGGGACUGUUUCUCUACUUUUGGCUGCUCAUAUUCCUCGAUGGACUCCUUGCUCGAUUGCUUGGUACAUCGAAAGGUCACAUUCAUUAUUCGAGAGAAGAUCGUUACAAUCCUGAUACAAUUGACGAGUCCACUGUGGCCAAACCACGAGCACCUACCGCCAUUUCCUUGACGGAUUUCACUCAAGAAAGUGUACGAGAUGUUAAGUAA